UGUAAUAUUUGUGAUAUUUCAUCUAUAAUCAUGCCGAAAAGGAUUCAAAGUAGCGGAAGAAAUAUUGUAUUAUCAGUGCGUGAUUUUUGUGAAAGGGAAAAAGACAAUAAUGCUCCUUUAAUUCCAUUUGGAAAUGUUCGUCAACGAGUAGCCGCCAUGACAGGUAUAUCUGAAAAAACUGUCAGCACCAUUACCAAAGAAGGCGAGUCAUCUCAAAAAAUUUCUACGCCAAGAAAGAAACGCGUGCAAGAAAAGAAAAUUAUACUAGAUGAUUUUGAUCUGUGUGCAGUUCGAAAUAAAAUACAUGAAAUGUAUACCGUCAGAAAGGAGGUACCGACUUUGAGAAAACUUAGCAGAGUUAAAAACUGA